CGGGGACAUAGUUCUCCGGGUUCCAGGGAAAGCAUACAAUUACACAGACGUCAUGAGGGAAAUCGUACAUCUACAGGCCGGCCAGUGCGGCAACCAGAUCGGAGCCAAGUUCUGGGAAGUAAUCAGUGAUGAACAUGGCAUUGACCCAACUGGCACAUACCACGGUGACAGCGAUCUCCAGCUGGAAAGAAUAAAUGUGUACUACAAUGAAGCAUCAGGUGGCAAAUAUGUUCCCCGUGCAAUUCUGGUGGACCUGGAGCCCGGCACAAUGGACUCUGUGCGGUCUGGACCCUUCGGGCAGAUCUUCAGACCAGACAACUUUGUGUUUGGUCAGAGCGGUGCUGGAAACAACUGGGCGAAGGGUCACUACACAGAGGGAGCAGAACUGGUUGACUCAGUAUUGGAUGUUGUAAGGAAAGAAGCAGAAAGCUGUGACUGUCUCCAGGGCUUCCAGCUCACACACUCUCUGGGUGGUGGUACUGGCUCUGGUAUGGGUACCCUCCUCAUCAGCAAAAUCAGAGAAGAGUAUCCAGACAGAAUCAUGAACACUUUCAGCGUUGUGCCCUCCCCCAAAGUGUCCGAUACUGUAGUAGAGCCAUACAAUGCCACCCUGUCUGUGCACCAGCUUGUAGAAAACACAGAUGAGACCUACUGCAUAGACAAUGAAGCCCUGUACGAUAUCUGCUUCAGAACCCUCAAACUCACCACACCCACCUAUGGAGACUUGAACCAUCUGGUAUCGGCCACCAUGAGUGGAGUCACCACCUGUCUGCGUUUCCCUGGCCAGCUGAAUGCUGAUUUGCGUAAACUGGCUGUCAACAUGGUGCCCUUCCCUCGUCUGCACUUCUUCAUGCCAGGCUUUGCGCCACUCACCAGCCGCGGUAGCCAGCAGUACCGGGCCUUAACUGUGCCUGAGCUGACCCAGCAGAUGUUUGAUGCUAAGAACAUGAUGGCUGCUUGUGACCCACGUCAUGGCCGCUAUCUGACUGUAGCUGCUAUUUUCAGAGGCCGUAUGUCUAUGAAAGAGGUGGAUGAGCAGAUGUUGAAUGUCCAGAACAAGAACAGCAGCUACUUUGUGGAAUGGAUCCCCAACAACGUGAAGACUGCAGUCUGUGACAUCCCACCAAGAGGUCUAAAGAUGUCUGCCACCUUCAUCGGUAACAGCACAGCCAUUCAGGAGCUGUUCAAGCGCAUCUCUGAGCAGUUCACAGCUAUGUUCCGCAGAAAGGCUUUCUUGCAUUGGUACACCGGGGAGGGCAUGGAUGAGAUGGAGUUCACUGAGGCAGAGAGCAACAUGAAUGACCUGGUGUCUGAAUACCAGCAGUACCAGGAUGCCACAGCAGAAGAGGAGGGAGAAUUCGAAGAGGAGGCUGAGGAAGAGGCUGCAUAAUUCAACCUGUUAACUGUUGUACAUUUUCAAACCUGUUUUGUUUACUUGUCUUUCCAUGUUUGUUUCUUUCCAUGUUUGUUACAGUAGUCUUGAGCCACUGAAAAUUUUUGACUUUGCCUUAACGUGAAACUCAGGUUUGUCUGGCCUUCAUGUAUUCUAAAACCAUACAUAGGGCUGCCAACUUGGAUUUCUCUAAUUGGAAACCUGACAAGUAUAGGGGCUAUAAUUGUAAUGUCAUUUCCUGGCUUCAAAAUUCACUAAAUUCAAGUAUAGAACCUGAUCUGUGCUUAUUAAGCUCAGGACUCUUUCUAAAGCCAGGCAACUAGCACUAGGAACCAACUGCCUGUACAUCUCGGCACAGGUUUUCUUUAGCUGUUAUAGAAUUAAAGUGCUACAGCAGAAAGAAGAUUAAAAGUAGUAGUUUUUGCUGCUGUAAACUGUUGAAUACUACUGUUCUUCAUCUAAACCAAUUUUCAUAUUUCAAUGCAAGUUGUACAGAAAAGUAACUAUUAAACAGUUUUUCAUAAAA